GGCCAAACUGGACGAGCCCACCGCUGUUGGCCGACCAAAACUAUCCCUGCGUUCACGUAUAUUUUUGAUAUUAUCUUACAAGAAAACAGCAUUAUAUAACUCUUUCUGCAACUACCUAGCUACCACGGCCAUGCAUUCCGCUACAAGUCGUAAAUUUCUACCUGGUUUACUUUAAAACGCUCACUUUCCACCGAUUUAAACGUAGACUAACUCCGGGUUAGUUUUGGACUUGUAAUCCGCAAAGUAACAACUAAGCAGCAGCUAGGUGGGCUAAUGUUGAGCUUUAAACAUAGCGUAAAGGCGCCUUUUGGAGAAUAUUCAGAUGGCUGUACGUUGGCUAUGCAGCCUGUUUGGGAAGCCCUUUGAUGGAGGGAAGCGAAUGGACCCAGGCAUGCCUCAGUCCCCUCCCCAGACACAGCCUCCUCCUCCUGGCUUCACCGUACCCGCCUUUGUGGUACCCGGGUUCACCGUACCCGGGUUCACCGUACCCGGGUUCACCGUCCAGCACCACCCGGCCCUGAUACGACUGGGCGAAGUGCACAGGGAGGUGGCUGCGCUUGGGCCUCAUGUUUGUACCUUCAGUGGGCUUCAAAACGACAGAGAAUACAAAAGACUGGAGAGAGAGCUGGCCAAGCUACAACUGGAGGUGGACCAGGUGGACACAGAGGGCCGCGCUGAUCUGCAGGCCGCUCGUAAACGCGCCGCGCAGGAGGUGGAGGGUCUGCUCCGGUACAUGGAGGAGAACGCCACGCAUCCCUCCAGACUCGCCAUAGAGCAGCUGAGCACCGAGGCACGCAGUCUGGUGGAGGACAAGAUCGUCGCCCCCCAGAGGUCAGGAGGAGUGGCCGAAAUCAACGAUGAGCUGGUGGACGCGCUGCAGGAACUGGUGCUCAAACUCACACAGGUGAAGACAGAGGGCCGUAUCCCUCUGAGGAAAGCUCGGUAUCGCGCUUUGACUCGGCUGUGUGCGGUUCAGGAGGUGAUCGAGGGCAGGACCCAGCAGACCCUCUCUCUCCCUCUGUCUGAUGAUACACAUGAGGCUGUGCACCGCAUCAACAACAUCAUGGUCAAGGUCAGUGUGGCGAGAGGCCAGCUGGUGGCGCUGUUGAUGGGUCUGAGUGGGCGGGACAGCUGUGCACACCUGUCAAGGAUCCUGACGGAGCUGCAGGUUGAGCUGGAUGCCCUGGACGUCUCUGGGAACAGUGUGGUCAGAAACUACAGGAAGCAGGUGGUGGAAGAGAUCAACGGACUGUUAAAACAACUGGACCUGGAGGAGGAGGGAGACGACACACGCAGAUAUGACUUGGCUCAGAACGACUCUAUCCGAGAGAUCGAGGGGGUCCGCUCCCACGUGUUUCAGCUGCGAGAGGCCGUCCUCAGGAGCUGUUUCAUGGGAGACUUCAGCUUCAGACCUAAAGCUGAGCUCCAGAGUCUGGUGACCCGCCUGGACCAGGUCGACACAGCCAAAAACCCCUGUAUCAGAGAGGCCAGACGCAGAGCUGUGCUGGAGGUGCAGGCUGUCAUCACCUUCCUCGACCUCAGGGAGGCGCUGACUUUCCGACAGCCGUGCCCCGGGGAGCACCCAGCGUACCGCGCCGUGUGGACCGUCCUGGGUAACCUGUCCGAGCUCCAGGCGCAGGUGCUGGGCUUCGACGGUAAACGAGCCGAUAAGAGCUACCUGAUGCUGGAGGAGCUGCUGACCAAACAGCUCCUGGCUCUAGAUGCAGUGGAUCCAGAGGGACACGAACCCACCAAAGUGUCCCGAAAACAGGCGGUCAAGUUCGCCCAGAACAUCCUCAGCUACCUGGACAUGAAGACGGACGAGUGGGAGUACUGAGAGACUAAAGUGUGUGAAGAGAAAUGAGUCCAGGUGUCGCUAAAGAAAGGGAUAUUCGGUAAAGCAACCUCCAAAAACUCCAUCAGAUUUACGUAUAGGCAAAGUAGGUCCGGUGUUUUGCCCAAGGGCACAGGAAAAAGUAGUAAGCAGUGUUGAGGUUAAACCAGCAACCAUCCCCUGCUAAUCUGGACAUGAGGAAGGACGAGACAAAUGCAGUAUGUUAGGAAAUAUUAACCUAAAUAUCUAAAAAUAUCUGAGAAAUGAAUCCAAACAAAUGAAAUCCAAAAAUGCGAUUUUUUUGUAGAGUAAAAAUAGUAGGAAUAAAUAUAUUGUUGUUCACGUUGGUUUCAGCAAGUUUAAAUUUGAAUAUUAUAUAAUUCUUGUACCUAAAAAGCUUGGAUUCUAAAACUGUUUCUGAAUUCUGAAACACAUAUUGUCAAGUACAGCAUGUAUCAAGCCUUAAAAGUUUAAUUUCGAUCCUUUUUCCUGAGCUAGUUUUAUCGAAUAUCCCUUUUAGUGUCCGCCUAAACAGCAAACCACAUGGCCAGUCCUGUUUUUCCUUAUAGGUCUACUGAAAAGGCACUGGAUCUCAUUUCUCUGAGCACAUUAUAAACAAAAACACUGGUCAUUCCACAGCCUGUAAAUAGACUCCGACUCUCAGAGUGCACUGCAGCAGCCCCGUCUCCUCAUUGACUUUUGUUUGGGAGGAUUUUGUCACCCUCUACUGUCCGAGUGCCGUGUCUGUCUCCUCUGUGUCCGCUGCCAAAGCUGCACCACACGCCUGUUUAAAACUCUCAUUCAUAAAAACGACUCCAGAAUUCAACUUUUCUCUCAAUACAAAUCAUUUCCGAAUAUUUCUGAGCUGUUUAAUUUUGACCUGGUUACAGAGACAGACUGAUGCUGCUAGAACUGACAAGAAAACAUUGAAUAAAGGACAGUUUUUGCAUCAAUAUUUCAUUCAGUUACAGUCUGUUUUGAGUGGUACUCUUAUACAUGAAAAAGAAAAAUUCAUACUCAAAGUUGCCUAUAGUUCAAAUUAAGUACAAUGCCCUAAUAUAUGUUGGAAAACUGGAACAAAUAGUGUGACCAUCUUAAAUUGGCACUGUAGACAGGAUCGUUCCAGUGGCCUAAAUAUCCAGGAAUCAAUGAUGGUCCUGGUUUAGUCCUGGUUUAGUCCUGGUUUAGUUCUGGUUUAGUCCUGGUUUAGUCCUGGUUUAGUCCUGGUUUAGUCCUGGUUUAGUCCUGGUUUAGUUCUGGUUUAGUCCAUGAAUUACUGCUGGAAAAUUUGACAAAUUAGUUAUUGGUUUCAGAAACUUCCCAAAACUACAUCACAAAGUCACCCAGAUAAUGAGUAUUAGUGGAGGGUAAAGUAACUCUAAUUGGCUUUACAUAGAUGCCAUCGUUUGUGCUAAAAAAAUAAUGCAUUUAAUUUAAUAUUUGAUUAAAGCAGACACGGGCAAAGUACGGCCCGGGGACCAUACAUGGCCCUUUGGUCUUAUUAAUCCAGCCCAUGAGACCAAAUUAUAUUAAAAUAGGUAAGGGUAAACCUUGUUUUUCUGUGUUUAUUUCAUUGAAAUGUAAUGAAUGAAUUAUUAAUUUAAUUAAUGCAUUUGGAAAACAAUUUGUACAAUGAGCCCUGCAUAUUCAGGCUUUGCUACAUGUUACAGGCCAAAUCUCUAAUGUAAUAUAAACAUAUAUAUAUAUCCUGACCCCGCCCGUCUAUCAAAUUUUAGAACCCACAGUGGCCUGUGUGUAAAAAAGUUUGUCCACCCCUGGAUUAGAGCAGUUGGUUCCUGCCCUAUGUCGUCUAAACGGGUGUCAUUGUCUAUUUGGCUUAGUUCAGAGGCUCUCAAACUUUUCACACUAAGCACAACAAAAAAUGUGUGAUUUGGUUUGGCUUUCUGAGGACUACCAGAUCUAAACCAGGUUUAUAACAGGACUAUUCCAGGUCUACAUCGUUGGCACAUUAUUCAGUUCUCUGAAGGAGCUCACGUACCACAGUUUGAGAAACGCUGAUGUAGUCCACGAUUCUUGUGUUAGAAUGCAUAAAUAAUAUUGGUAAGUUUUUGGAUCAGGUUUUAUUAGUGUCGGUUUGGGAUAUCAAGAAAAGGUCUUAUCUUUCUCCUCUCUACGAUCUCCCUGUGUCACCAGCAACUGUUUGAUAAAAGCACUGAUUUAACCCUCAGCGUUAUCUCUCGCUCUCAAAAUGGCCGCCAGCAAAACGUCAACAGAACAGUUUCAACAUGACUCCUCCUCCCUGUCCUCCUCUUACGCUCGUUACAUGUGGGACGUGUCUGAAUCUAAAAUUGAUUUAAAUUUAUUUUUUUUUAAUUGUGGAGUUGAAAAUUUUGAGGAAUUGUGCUGCUACUGCCAUUAUUCAGGUUUUACUUUGUCCCUGAGAAAUAAGUGGACUAUACACAGACAUUAAUGAUUCAAAUUUGACUUAAUACUUAGAAAUAUUUCCAUUAGGUGAUAAGGAGGUAUUUGUGCCUUUAUUUUUGUCAUCUGCUUUCAAUUGUCUGUCAAAGUAGUAUUGUGAAUAAGUAUGUCUGCAAAGUAUGUACACGAGACCAAGAGUGGACUGAAGAAAUGCACAUGGAACCAACAUUUGACUUCAUUUAAAAGCUCAAAACUUCAAUUAAAAUGGGAAAUAUGACAGCGCUGUAGUAAGAUCUGGUCAAGUCACAGACAUGGCAAGAUAGUAAAGGUGCACUGUGUAACUUUUCUGAAGGAUAUUCCACCGCGUAUCCAUGCUUUUGACUGGAAUGUUCCACUGUGUGCUAGAGACGCAUUAUAUGAUCUCAUUACAGAUGUUUUUAGCACUUUCUUCACUGGCCACUUCACAGAUCUGACCUGUAAUUUGGCUCGGUACCGUCGCUUACUUGUCACCAUGGCGAUAGAGAAGUUUAAUGCCAUACUGCGGAACACUCCAUGCGUAAUGAGACCGUGUAAUCCCUCAUUUGUCCGAAGCAGAAAGUUAAAACGAUGACUAUGGAUCUCUAUGGAGACGAGAGUGCAGCAGACUCUCCGCCAGAAAUGUUACCCAGUGCAGCUUUAAUCCUACACUUAAGGCAAUAUUUAACAACUACCAGAAUGCCACUACAAUCUUUUCAUUUGCAUUAUCUUAUCGAAAAUGUCCCUGGUUAAAGAUUUGAUCGUCGAAAUCGCAUUUUGAAGUCCAUUUUGUUCCCGUCGAUAACACUACAAAAACAAACCUUGUAUGUCUGUUCACGUACGAAGCACUACGAUAUUCACACAUAUUUUGUUUGUAUUAUCACGUUUAUUAUUGCACUAGUGAUAAAAAAGACACAUUUUUAGAGUCAGUAUUAUGCACACUGGUUAAGAUUAACAUUUGGACAAUACAUUUCUGACAAAACUGAUGCAAAAUGUUACACCAAAACAGCCCGAUACAGAUGUUACACUUUUAACAUUACACUUUUGAAAACCGUGGUGUAAUAUAUUGGUUUUAAUAUUUACAGUAAAUUGCUAAAUGCAUUUUAGCUUCCAUGUAUUUAUAAAAAAAAACAGUUUGAAGGACCGAUAACGUCAGCUUUGAAAACAAUUGGGUGAAAUUCAAAGGGAAAUUACGUCUCAAUUUGCAUAUUUUGGUUAGCGGCUCAUUGUGUGUAUAUAUAUAUUUCAAUUGAUUAAAUACAUUUGUGCAAAAGAUGAAGCUGAUUAAGCAAAAAUCCCUAAAAAAAACUGUUGAAUGUCAUCAGCUUCAUUGGAUAAUUAAUAAUAGUGAAAAAAUAAGGAUACACUGGACAUUUAGACGGUAAAAACGACAAUAUUUGAUCUCAUUUUGAUAUUAUCUUGGGGACAACGUAUCGUCCACCUCUACUCAUUGCAAACUGAAAUUACUGAAACACCCAAAAUGAAAACCUAAACUCAAAACUAAAACUCAAACUUCAGCCAAAAUGAAUGUACGCAAAUGUACGCACACCCUUAAUAUGUCAUUUGAGACGCCGCAAAAUUCUGCUUAUUGUAAAACGCAUUUAUACACAGAAUAUAUUUACGAUUUUUGAUCCUUGACUUUUGUAAGAAAACAGCAACAAACCAGCAGUGUUACCGACCCCUCAGUCCUUCUAAAAAUAAAAAAAAUCUCUAAAAUGAUCUAAAAAUCUUCACUUUUUUUUUCGUUUUGUUCCUCCAGCUCUAUCUCUGAAUGUAGUUUUUCGAAUGUCCUGUCGCCGUCGCGUUUUUGCUUGCACCAAAGUUUAUGUUUAUUUAUUUAAAGGUAACGAAAGUUUGGAGAAAAGAUGGAUUUAAGACUGAGAUAUCUGGGAUUGUGUUUUUGGAGAAUGCAAAAAUGUGUACGGAAGCUGAGGAGGCCCAUACAGUUUACAGUCGGUUAAUUAAAAAAAAACUAACAAAGUCUAACAAUGAAAAUGAGUUUUUACAGUUCUAAAUACUGGAGAAUUAUCCAAGAAUAUGACAUUUAUUUGGAGUUUGCAUGUUCUUCCUGUGUGUGGGAUGGAUCAAAUCUGUAUUAUAAGGUCUAUGUUUGAGAUUACAGUUAUAUAUUUUUAAUUUGUGCAACGUUUAGUGCACUAUCUGGGAUUAUCUGCUCGUCUUCAUGGAGAAAUAUUGCAACUACCAUGUUCUUACCUGUAUCGAUACCUUGAAAAAACGUUCAAUCAGACAGAUCCGACCUGGAAUUUAAUCUUCUCGGAGGAUCAGCUGUUUUAUUCCAAGUUUAAUGCCAUGCUACGGAACAUAACAGGCUAAAAUAUAACAUCUCCAUAGAGACAAGCAUGUGUUGGUCCUCCUCAGCUCCCGUUUAAAGUAUGCACUGCUGUCUAGAACGAAACUGGACAGUUAGAAGUGAAACAAAUGAAAGAGAGAUGUUUUUUUAACUGUAAAUUUUCCACAAAUGCACUUUUAUUUUCAUUUUAAUUUCAGAUUUACUUUCGCUUUGUUGCUGCUGACAGAAAUCCUGCUAGUUUUUUCUUCCACUGGUGUCUUCUCUUAAGUCGCCUUUUAAACGUGCGAGUAUUUGGAGACUUUGGACCGUGUUUUUUUUGGCUUUUUGUGUCACGGUUUCAGAUUGUUGCUUGUACAGAAGCAGUGAAGUGAUGUGUCGUGUGAAUGAAACAAACCCGGACGAAUAAACUCUUUCAGCAGAAAA